AUGAAAGUACUGGUACCCGUGAAACGCGUCGUUGACUACAACGUCAAGGUACGUGUCAAGCCAGACAAUACUGGAGUCGAUUUAUCCAACGUGAAAAUGUCGGUGAACCCAUUUUGUGAAAUUGCAAUAGAAGAAGCCGUACGCCUGAAAGAGGCCGGCACGGCCACUGAAGUGGUCGCCGUAUCCGUUGGCAGCUCUGCCUGUCAGGAGCAGCUGCGCACCUGUCUAGCACUGGGCGCAGAUCGUGCUGUGCUGAUCGAAACAGAUGAAGACGUUCAGCCACUGGGCAUCGCGCGAGCACUGCAGGCACUGCAGGCCAAAGAAAAUGCGGAUAUUGUCAUUUUCGGCAAGCAGAGCAUUGAUGGGGACAACAGCCAGACAGGGCAGAUGUUUGCCGCUCUGACCGGCAUGGGACAGGGCACAUUUGCCUCUGAGCUCAACAUUGAAGACGGCAAAGCACAGGUUAUACGGGAAAUCGAUGGUGGCCUGCAGACGGUUAAGGUUUCUUUACCUGCUGUUGUGACCACUGACUUACGUCUCAACGAGCCGCGUUAUGCCUCCCUGCCAAACAUCAUGAAGGCAAAGAAAAAGCCGCUUGAUACAACGACCCCUGACGAAUUGGGCGUUGAUGUUAAACCUACAGUGGAAACGCUGCGCGUUGAGCCACCUGCCGAGCGUGAAGCCGGUAAUUUAAUGAGCAUAUUAGUUGUUGCAGAACACGAUAAUUCUGAACUCAAACCGGCCACCCGCGUAGCGCUUGCUGCUGCAGCGGCCAUCGGCGGUGACGUAGAUGUACUGGUUGCCGGCGCCGGCGUAGAUGCGGUUGCCAGCCAGGCCGCUGCAAUCGCUGGUGUUAACAAGGUACUGGUUGCUGACAACGCCGUUUACGCUAACCAGUUGCCCGAAAACGUCGCGGCGCUGGUGGUAGAGGCCGCUUCAGGCUACUCGCACAUUCUUUGUGCACACACCACCAACGGCAAAAACUUCAUGCCACGGGUCGCUGCAAAUCUGGGUGUCGCCAUGAUUUCUGACAUCGUCAGCGUCGAAAGUGAAGACACCUUCAAACGGCCGAUUUAUGCAGGUAACGCCAUUGCAACGGUCAAAGCCAACGAUGCCGUUAAAGUGGUAUCCGUCCGAGGUACCGCUUACGACCCCGUCGCAGCUGAAGGUGGCAGCGCCUCCAUCGAAGCUUUAGACAAUGUUACCGACGCAGGCGUUUCGGAAUUUGUCAGUGAAGAAGUGGUUAAGUCUGAGCGUCCCGAAUUGACCUCUGCCGGCAUCAUCAUAUCUGGCGGCCGCGGUAUGCAGAGUGGUGACAAUUUUGUUCUGCUUGAAGGUAUUGCGGACAAGCUCGGUGCAGCCAUUGGCGCUUCCCGUGCCGCUGUGGACGCAGGAUUUGUGCCUAACGACAUGCAGGUAGGGCAGACAGGUAAGAUUGUGGCCCCUGAUUUGUACAUUGCUGUGGGCAUUUCCGGCGCAAUUCAGCACCUGGCAGGCAUGAAAGACAGCAAAGUCAUCGUCGCCAUAAACAAAGACGAAGACGCGCCUAUCUUCCAGGUCGCUGAUUACGGCCUGGUAGCCGACUUGUUUAAGGCUCUACCUGAACUCGAAGCUCUGCUAUAG